AUGAUCCCGUGUGGUGCUGUGUGGUGCUGUGUGGUGCUAUGCUAUGCGGUGCUGUGUGGUGCUGUGUGGUGCUGUGUGGUGCUGUGCUAUGCGGUGCUGUGUGGUGCUGUGUGGUGCUAUGUGGUGCUGUGCUAUGCGGUGCUGUGUGGUGCUGUGUGGUGCUGUGUGGGGCUGUGCUAUGCGGUGCUGUGUGGUGCUGUGUGGUGCUGUGCUAUGCGGUGCUGUGUGGUGCUGUGCUAUCACAGCAUGCGGGUGAACAGCGGUAGGCUGCCCUCGUUGCGAGAGAGCCUGUCAAGCCACCAGACGCUCACAGAGAGGCUUGCAGUGUAUGGGCUGAGGGAAUUGCCGAUGGUGGGGGAUGGAAACUGCCAGUUCCGCGCCCUGGCAGACCAGCUGUUUCGCAACGCCAAUCGCCAUGCGGCCGUGCGACAAGCCGUGGUGCAACAGAUGCGGGCACAUUCAGAGCGCUACUCACCCUAUGUGCCAGACAGCUUCCCCCGCUACCUCCGACACAUGGCCAGGAAUGGCGAGUGGGGCGACCACAUCACUCUGCAAGCUGCUGCUGACAAGAGUUAUGGCUCAGCUUCUGGGCGGAAGUACACUACAACUCCGUCUACAGUGCAGAAA